AUGUUCGCCUUUCGCCCUUCGGUGCUGCUGCCGCCUUUUCUUCUCUUAAUAACGACAGUCAAUGCCCUCCACUUCUACUUAGAUGCAAACGAAAAACGAUGUUUUGUGGAAGAGCUGCCAUCAGACACGGUGGUUGAGGGGCACUACAGAGCGUUAGAAUGGACUGACAGCACACUACAAUACGCUAUAAAUGAGGAACUCGGAAUCAUCGUCGAAGUGGAGGAAAUAGAGACAGCGCACGUCGUCACUAAGACGAGAGGCCCACCUGACGGCCGCUUUACAUUCACCUCCACCGAAUCAGGCGACCACUCCAUCUGUAUCUCCACUAACUACACGUCAUGGUGGUCAAGCACACACAUCAAGCUGUAUCUCGACAUUGUGGUAGGGACUACAAAACCAGAUAUCGAGAGCGACCGCAGCCACAUAGGCGAGCUCAGCGGCAAGCUCCGUGAUCUCAACCAAAGGCUCGAAGAUAUUCGACGUGAACAACAGUACCAGCGGGAGAGAGAGGCGGAUUUCCGAAACUUGAGUGAAGCUACGAACUCGAAGGCUGUUUGGUAUAGCGUUUUGCAGAUUGGAGUACUUCUUGCUACGUGCACGUGGCAGUUGCGGCAUUUGAAGCGUUUCUUUGCGGAUAAACGGUAA